AUGGUUCUCCGAAUCUGCAUCGCCCUCUCCCCCCAACGAGCUCUAACGGAUCCGAUGCUUGAUCCAUCCCAUAAGAUCCUCCCCAAGGUCCAGGACAUCAAAACCGGCGAGCAGGUCAAGAACCUGAAGAAGCCGGACGGGACCCCUUUGUUUGAGAAAGCCCCCGACGAUCCGGAUGCCGUCGCAAAGAUCUUCCAACAGCUCGUCGCCAGUGCGAAUGAUCUACAUGCGCAGGAGAAACAAAAGCUGCAGACAUACCACGCGACGAUUACCACUCCAAGUCGCAGUACCCCCGUGCCGUAUGGUUUCUGGUCCGACAUAGAGGACGCCUUUGCUGGAGCGUGGCAUUGGCUCACCUCAGUUGCGGAGGAUGUCUGGGACUGGACCUGCAAUCUUGUCGGCGGCGUGUGGAAAUUUAUCGUCAAAAUCGGCGAGGAGAUCUUCGAGAUCGCCCUCAACACCAUCACCUCGAUCGUGAAAGGCGUUAUCUGGGUGUUCAAGAAGAUUGGCGCCGUGAUCAAGGAUAUCAUCGAGUUCAUCAGUUACUUGUUUGGGUGGGGCGACAUCCUGGACACAACCGACAGUAUCGCCGCGGGGCUCACCGCAGCCCUGGACUAUGGCAAGGAGGCGCUGGACGCGGCAGACCUCGACGCGCACAAGUGGUUGGAGAACGUGCGCUCGACCAUUCUGCAGAAUCUCACCUCUCUUCAGUCCAACGACUACAACGGAGCGCGGCUGGGAGGCAGCGAUAGCAAGAACAAGACCACUGUCGCAUCUAGCACUGCCAGUGAUACAGAUGGCAAGGCAGACCAGGGCGCCGACGAGGAUGAAGCCAAGGCGGCAGUGCCCUAUAACUGGUCGACGUACUACUUCACCUACGGCGGCGGAACGACGAAUGCGGUGCUGCAAGACGACAGCGGCGCCAAAACCUUCGCGACAGGAGGCACGACUGAAGACCAACUCGUCAAGCUGUGGCAGGAUGUCAAGGACGAGGUGCAGAUCAUCAUGAAGACGGUGACGAAUGUGGCCAAAGACUUAAUCGAAUUUUUCAACCCCGCCAACUUCAGCGUGCGGCAGGUGAUGGCCAAGGUGGGCGUGGACCUGGUCAACGGGAUGGUCGACGCGGUGGAGAAGCUGGUCGACAUCCUGUUCGAUGCCCUGAAACUGGGCAUCGACCUCGUGCAGGUCCUGGCAACCAAGGAGAUCAACAUCCCCGUGAUAACGUGGCUCUGGAAGAACGUGAUCGCCCGGGGCCGGCCCCUGACGCUGCUGAACUUCUGCGCGCUGCUGAUCGCGAUCCCGACCACGGUGCUGUACAAGGCGAAGAAGAAGCGGGCGCCCCCUAAAUUGUCUGGACGAUUGACGAAGAGUACCUUCAGCCAGUACGUUGAGGGCCGGGGCGAUACAUCGCUCGCAGCGGAUAUCCGAGGGUUCAGUGUCGCUGCGGAGUCGGGCGUGCUCCUGAUUGAGACCGAGUUUGACAUGCUUUCGCUGGGGCUCGAUGGCGCCUUCGAGGGGCUCGGGCUCGAAUCUAUCCCCUUUGGACCGGUGGACAGCAUCAUGAAUGUCUUUGAUUCGGCGUCCCUGACCUUUGCCGCCGUGAACGGAUUCACAACCUGGCCUGUGGGGAAUGGCGCGACAUCCGCCACCUCCUACUCUUCUGGACUGACCACUGCCUCGCUUGACACCAAACACGCCAUCAAAUACGCGGGCUGGGCCCUCACCGGCGCCAAAUUCACCUCCGGCACCGUGGUCAAACUCGUGGGCAAGAAGAUGAAGCUGGAACGACCAGUAGUCAAGCGGUGGAAGGGGACCGUCAGUGCCGUGCUGUCGGUGCCGUCGCUGUGCCUCGGGCUCACAGGCGAUACCAUGGACGCCACCGCCGCAGAAAUCAACGAGGUGCUGAUUGUGAACGGGUUCAUCGAAACUAUCGCCGGGUUUGCCGGCACCUGGGGGAAAGCCGUGGCGCAGUGGAACGACGAGCUCGAAAAUUAUCUGAUGUAUAUCGGGCUGGCAGUCUAUCAGGUCUGCCGAGUGGUCAAGUAUGGGUUGAAGGUGGAGGACUUCGCGAUCGAACACCUGGACUGA